AUGGAGGAAACUACGGAUACAGCAACGUCUUCGACUCAUUAUUUCUCCAUUUUCACGAAUUACCCUCUCAUCUCCGCCGUCACGUCUUUCACCAUCGCUCAAUUCAUCAAACUCUUCACCUCCUGGUAUAGAGAAAGGAGAUGGGAUCUCAAACAGCUUGUUGGUUCCGGAGGAAUGCCUUCUUCACAUUCAGCUACCGUUACAGCUCUCGCUGUGGCAAUCGGUCUACAAGAGGGCUUUGGUGGAUCACAUUUUGCAAUUGCUUUGAUCUUGGCUUCAGUUGUCAUGUAUGAUGCUACUGGUGUAAGACUACAUGCUGGUCGCCAAGCUGAGGUUCUCAAUCAGAUUGUAUACGAACUUCCUGCAGAGCAUCCACUGGCUGAAAGCAGACCAUUACGUGAACUUCUCGGUCAUACCCCUCCCCAGGUCAUUGCCGGUGGGAUGCUUGGAAGCGUCACAGCAGUCACUGGAUACUUGUUUACCAGGAUAGCUACUAGUUAA